CCCUCGCCUCUGGGAUCUCUCUGCCCCCGCCCAGGGUCCUCCGUCGCGGCCGUUGCCUCUGGUCAGCACCAGUCUUCACCGCAGAGCGCCUUUCCGGGUUGGCGCGCCGCCAGAUUGGGGCCCCGCCGGCCGGUUGCCUGGGUAACGCGGGAAUCCGCCCCGAGGCGCGUGCACUUGAGCGCCGCGGCCUUCCGGGGAGCGCGGGAGCCGGGCGGCCACCUGUACGCAGUGCCCCGGGAGCAGCGCCCCCCGCCAGUGUUCCCGCCGCGGCCGUCGCUCUGGAGGCCGAACCGUCCCGCGCCGCCGAGUGUCCCCGCCAUGAAGCCCAACUUCACCCUGCGACUGAGAGUCUUUAACCUCAACUGCUGGGGCAUUCCCUACCUGAGCAAGCAUCGCGCCGACCGCGUGAAGCGCCUGGGAGACUUUCUAAACAUGGAGAGCUUCGACCUAGCUCUGCUGGAGGAGGUGUGGAGUGAACAGGACUUUCAGUACUUGAGACAGAAGCUGUUGCCCACCUACCCAGCUGCACACUACUUCAGGAGUGGCAUCAUUGGCAGCGGUCUCUGUGUCUUCUCCAAACACCCAAUCCAGGAAUUCACCCAGCAUGUCUUCACCCUCAAUGGCUACCCCUACAUGAUCCAUCACUGUGACUGGUUCUGUGGGAAGGCUGUGGGGCUGCUGGUACUCCAUCUAAGUGGAUUGGUGCUCAAUGCCUACGUGACCCACCUCCAUGCCGAGUACGAUCGACAGAAGGACAUUUACCUAGCACAUCGUGUGGCCCAAGCUUGGGAACUGGCCCAGUUCAUCCACCACACAUCCAAGAAGGCUGAUGUGGUUCUCUUGUGUGGGGACCUCAACUUGCACCCAAAGGACCUGGGCUGCCGCCUGCUGAAAGAGUGGACUGGGCUGCAUGAUGCCUAUCUGGAGACCCGGGACUUCAAGGGUUCUGAAGAAGGAUGUACAAUGGUACCCAAGAACUGUUACGUCAAGCAACAGGAGCUGGGGCCAUUUCCCUUGGGCAUCCGCAUCGAUUAUGUACUUUAUAAGGCAGUAUCUGGGCUGUACAUCUCCUGUAAGAAUCUCAAAACUACUACAGGCCAUGACCCUUACAGCGGGCCCCCCUUCUCUGAUCAUGAGGCCCUGAUGGCUACUCUGUGUGUGAGACACAGCCCCCCGCAGCACAACCCCAGCCCUACCCAUGGACCAGCAGAGAGCUCGCCGUUGACCAGUGUGCUAAGGGAGGCCUGGGCAGAAGUGGACCAGGGCAUGGCUCAGGCUCGCUGGUGGGCCACCGUGGCUGGCUAUGCAGUUGGGCUAGGGCUUCUUCUCCUGGCGUUGCUGUGUGCCCUGGCGGCCGGAGGAUGGAUCAGGGAAGCUGCUCUACUGCUCUGGACCCCCAAUGUAGGACUGGUGCUGGGGGCAGGUGCCUUCCACCUCUUCCACAUGCAGGAGGCCAAGAGCUUGUGUAAGACCCGGACCGAGCUUCAGCAUGUGCUGGGAAGGGCAAGGGAGGCCCAGGACCUGGGCCCAGAGUCCCAGCCAGCCCUGCUUCUAGGGCAGCAGGAGGGAGACAGAGCUGAGGAACAAUAAAGCUUGACA